AUGGAUCUCAAAACUCUAUUUCACAAUCUUCGCGAAGACGUAUCUUGCUCUGUGUGUUCGGACUUGUUCACAGAUCCUAAACAACUCUCCUGUCUGCACAGUUUUUGCUUAAAAUGUGUAAAUCAGUGGUACCAGACGUGCGGCGGCGGAGACGCCAUUAAAUGCCCGAAAUGCCAAACGCUAAGCAGAAUACCAGCAAGCGGUGAUCUUAAAGAUCUUCCAACAAGUUUUUAUUUGAACGGCUUUAUCGAUGUUCUUGCCAUCAAAGAAGGCAAGAACACUCAACUAACAUGCGGAAACUGUGACAAGAAGAGCUCGGAAGCGUCGUAUUGUUUCCAGUGUUGCAUAUUUCAUUGCGAAGAAUACUUAAUGUUUCAUAGUAAAAUGCGAGACAAAACGGGACACCGUGCUUUGGCAGUAAGAGAAUUCCAAGAUAAGGACUUCGAGGAUGUAUUGAAGCGACCUGUAUUUUGUUCAAGACAAGGAUAUCAGAAAGAAGAGCUUAAAUACUACUGCAAAGAAUGCGAAACAGUUCUUUGCCAAACUUGCGUCACUUUGAAUCAUGGAGGUCAUGGUUUGAAAUUGAUCGAAGAAGAAGCCGUAACCAAAAGACUUGAGAUCAAAUCUGUAAUCGAAACGCAGAGACAAAAUUUAGAAGCGAAAAUGAACAUAGUAAGUCAACUGGAUGAAGACUUUGCUAAAGUUUUUCAACAAAGCGAAGUGUUAAAAACAGAUGUUCAAAAGUCUGCUGAUAACUUGAUCAAAACAAUUCAAGCGAAACUGCAAAAUAUAAUCACUACAGUGGAAGGCUAA